AUGUCUGAAAGACUUUGGACAGGCAGUGAUGGAAAGUACCAAGUAUUGGCAACGUUUGUAUGUCUCUUUCAAGAUAAGAAAGUCAAACUCAAAAAGCCCAAUGGAUCCAUGGUAGCUGUGCCUUUGACUUUUCUUUGUGAACAAGACAUUGCCUUUAUUGCAACACAAGCCAAACCUUUAGCUCAGGGUCCAGCCAACAUCACAAACAAGCCUGCACUUUCCAGCCAGGAUUCCUCAUACACUUCGUCAUCGAAAACAGAGACGACAGAUGAUACAAAACUGAGCGAUGAGCCAGACGAGAUGAAAGAGACAACAGCGGCAGUAGCAGCUCUACAAGUAUCCCCUGCUGCCAAUCACCAAAAUGUGCGUCAAAUAAGCCAGGACGAAUCGAUACAAAUGACGCCCAAACGAUCCCUCUCUUCCAUCACAGACCAAUUCAAACGGCAAACAUACUAUCAGUCUGAUCGAGAUGUUCCGCUUGACAUCAAACAUUUGGCUCAUCUUCCUAGCAAAACCAUCAUUCGUAUGGCCUCGUUCCUGGAUGUGCGAUCUCGGCUUCAAAUGUCCCUUGUCAGCAAGCGAUUCCACCAGUUGAUUUAUAAACCAGAUGUCUGGAACUGCAUCAAAUUUCGUCCGUCCGAUCAAUGGAUGGUCAAUGAUCAGUUUGUGUACCAAUUGAUUGUAUUUCUGCAACUGAGAGGCAGUCUGCACACAUUCAUACACCACGUGGAUCUCGAUGGCACUGUCAUUACAGCUUCUUCUGUGCUGCUUCUGAUAAAGUACCUUGAAAAUAUCCAAACCUUGUCCGUACAGACAUGCUGGCAACUUUACACCUAUCCAUUAGCAACACAACUGACGCAUCUGGCGAAAUCAGCUCCCGGACAGUAUCCGUCCAAAAUAGCCAGGGUUACACUGGGCAAUGUGCUCCAUCGAGGCCCUGUGCCGCCUCAUACGAAUCAAGACAAGGGCCAACCUGGAUUGCUGCUAGAAAGUAAAUCAUUCGGACAAGAUGCUUGGUUUAUGAAUGCUGCUCUGAACAAGUUGGCAAAGCAGAAUGUUGAAUUUGAUGUGGUGCUGUGCGGCACAUGUCAUUUGGGCGCUUCUUCGCAGGUGUUGCAUUGUGCUUCGUGUGGUAUUCUGCCUCUUAAGAAGUGUAUGGGAUGUGCACCGCGCUGUGAUAGAUGUGGCAGCAGGUCUUGUGGGUUACCUACUUGUAGUGAUCCCAAGCUGAAAAUUCAAAUGGCUCGCUGUGGUCGAUGUGAACUCACGCUCGCUCUUUGCAACGAUGAAAAGAGCCCAAACACCAGAUGGCACUUAUUUGUCAAAUCAAUGCAGCACUUGUGGCGAUGUUGCUUGUCCGCAUUGUGA